CCUCUAGAUGGCGAAUUUUCACUCGACAGGACACGCUGUUCAACAAGCUCUGCAAGAUAUCGUAUGUUUCAUCCAUUAUUGCCGUUGGAUGCUAACAGAUGUCACGUAAUACCCAGCGAACAACUCACGCUGUUCCAGGAAGACAUCUGGGAGCAGCUGGGGGCUCUCAGCGCAGAGCUUGCCGCCAGCAGCUCCGUGUGGGUCGUCAGCUCAUCCCAUCCUCCUAGAGAUCGCAGCAAGCGCGGCAACGUCACCUUCUGGCACAAGCGGCAGUGGCUUGAUUUCUUCGGUAACAAUUCGGGAGAUUCCGGAUCCGACGACGCAUAUAAGGAACGCAAAAUCGUUAGGAAAUUCCAAUUCCUCCAGGACGAGAAUGGCAAUCUCAUCUCCCCAGAGCGACUCGAUGAGAUGCGCAGGUUCGCUCGAGAGAUAUUCGCCGAAAUGGCGAGCCGCAAGACCGCUCCGCUUCACUGGGAGUCAAACGUUCUCGCAAACGAGCGUAGCGACUUCUGCAGGCGCAUGGAGAACGCGUUCCCAGAGCUUAGGCUCUGCGAGAAUAGCUGGAAGGCUAACGAGGUUGCUAUACUGAUUUACCCAGGCUGGAAAUCCAAUCGACUAGCAUACUUUCACGCCGUGGCAGAGGCGACAUAGAACACAAAGCAGCUGUGUAUCCUUCGAAUAGAGUAUACUGCAUAGUUUCGGGAGAAUUGCAGCAGAUGUGCUUAGUUCAGACCAUUGUCAGGCAGAUACUUAGGCACUGAUCAUAAAACUCAU